AUAAGAUAAAACACUUGUCACUGUGAGGACGAACACUCAGGACGGUGCAGGCAGAGUGUGAGCAGUUCAGGCGUCAGACGUAAAACAGCGACGGCGUUUCCACUCACGUCACUCAGAAGGAUUUUACUGCUGAGGCACAUUCUAACAGGAUCCAACCAUGAGGUGGUGCUCUCCUUAUCUUCCUCUCCUCCUCCUCGUCCUCCUCCUCUCCCUCCUCACCCUCUUGGUGGGAGGAGCGACAGACUCUGGAUUCAGGAUCUGUGCCUACAACGUUCAGAAGUUCAACAUGGAGAAAGCUUCGAACCGCAGAGUGAUGCACACUCUGACACGGAUCCUGUCUCGCUGUGACAUCAGUCUCCUGCAGGAGGUGAUGGAUCCUGAUGGUAAAGCCAUCAAAUCUCUGCUGUCUUCUCUGAACAGGGAAACUGACAGGUAUGACGAUUACACCUACCAGUCAGUGUCCAGUAAGAGUCUGGGAAACUCUCCCAGCGACAUGCAGCAGUACGUUUUCAUCUACAGGAACAACACCGUGAAUGUGACGGGUCAGCAUCAGUACCAGAAGGAGCAGUCCUUCCUCAGAGAGCCGUUCGCCGUUCAGUUCCAGAGCAAGAAAACUGCAAUCAAGAACUUUAUUCUGGUUCCUCUGCACACUGAUCCCAGGAAGGCCGUCCAGGAGAUCGACCGGCUGUACGACGUCUUUGAGGAAGUCAGCAAGAAGUGGAAGAACAUGAAUGUGAUGUUCCUCGGAGAUUUCCACGCCAGCUGCGCCUACCUAACCCGACCUGACAAGAAAAACAUCAGACUGUUCACCAAUUCCAAAUUCUCCUGGCUGAUCGGAGACAAAGUGGACACCACCGUCUCCGACGAGACCAACUGCGCUUAUGACAGGAUCGUGGUUUAUGGGAAAGACUUCCUGAAGGCCAUCAGUCCGUUCUCUACAAAAGUCUUCAACUUUGCCAAAGAGUUCAAACUCACCAAGACCAAGGCGCUGGAAUUAAGUGACCACCUACCUGUGGAGGUGAAACUAAAGAGCUCCGCCCCUCUCCUCCAGACCACGCCCCUUCUGAUCCUGCUCAGUGUCUCUGUGAUCGUCCAGUCCUUCCUGUCCGCUCUGUGAUCUUCUGCUUCAGUCUUCGGGUGAAAAUGUUCUAAAAGAGGCUGAUUGCUGGGAGGGAUCAGGUUUUUUAACAAGGUUCAAAGUAACACAGAGUUUCUAAAAGAUUUAUUUGUCAGUUCAGGAGGAUCACUGUGUCAUAUAACAUGAGCUCAGGAGAAGAUCUCUGCUUUAAUGACUUCAUGAAACAUCUGCAGAGACGAAUGGCUCAGUCACAAUCAGAUGUUGAGGAAAAAAGAAGUUAAUAAAUAAGAUGUUUUGACGGCUGCAGCUGGAUCAUCACAGGCUCUGCUGGCUCGUCUCUUUCUGGAGAAAUCCUGAAAAAUUCAAUCGUGAGAAUCAUUGAUUAUCUCAACAGAGUGAUGGGCAGCCCCAACGCUUCCUUCACCAUCUGUGCUUCACCCAGACUCACAGAAAUAUUUAUCCUCAAAUGUCAGAUUUUGUUCCUCGGGGUCAAAGAAAACCCCCUGGUGCCAUUUAGAAGAAGCCAAAUACUUUUGAUGAUGAUGAUGAUGAUGAUGAUAGUAACGGUCUAAAUUAGUGUUUUUUCAUUGUUUAGCAAGAACAGCUGAGCAGUAAUUCUGGUCCACGUGGCCGCUCGGAUUUAAAAACCUCGAAAUGAUGAAUCGUCUUGACAGACAGGGAGCAGUCCUGCAUCAGAGGACUCCAGAGGUUUACACUUUCUAAAUGAAUGUACAUAUUGUAGAUUGAAUUUUAAUACACAUCAUUUAACUGUUUGGCCAUUUUAAGCAGGUGAAUCAGAGCACUGUUUUUAUUUCAGAGGUAAUUUGUCCUUGUUUUGUCUCUUUCUAUCAUCUUCUCAUCUGUUGCCACCUCAGGUCUAUUGGACUCUGUACAGAAACUGAUGUAAAUAUUAACAGUAUGUCAGUAAAUGUUAGGACAUCUAUUAUCUGUGUGUUUUAUCUGUUUUUAAUACUCAGUAAAGUUUUUAUUUUGAAACUAAAAUGCAUUAGAUGUCGUC